UUGAGUCAGAGAAGCGUUUUUACGUGUAUAUACUUCUAGCACAAAUUCAGAAUUAUUUUGGAGCACGGAUACAUUUCUCGAAUUCGGCGGCAAGACGAAAUGGGAUUCAGGCUUCUGACAAAGACAGUUUUUGACUUCUACGACAGGGCAAUCAACGAUGGAGAUCAAAGAACUUCCAAGUGGUUUUUAAUGUCAACACCAUGGACAGUUCUUUCAUUGCUGUUUUUCUAUAUUCUCCUCGUCAUUGUUGGUCAGCGAAUAAUGAGAAAAAGAGAUUCAUUUGAUAUCAAGAAUAUUCUUAUAAUAUACAACAGUCUGUUAGUUAUUUUAUCACUUUACAUGUUGCGCGAGUUUAUAUUCUCAGUUACCAGUACUCCAGACUUUAACUACUUUUGUCAAGGGGUCGAACAGGGUGAAAACACUAAUUUAUUGCGGCAUGCAAAUGCCAACUGGUUGUUUCUUAUAUCUAAAAUAGUCGAAUUUCUUGAUACAGUGUUUCUUAUCGUCAGUAAAAAACCCGUGAGCUUUCUUCAUAUCUACCAUCAUAACAGUGUUUGUCUUUUGUGGUGGAUCAUUGUUAAAUGGCACCCAGGUGGAACUACAUAUUUCGGUGCUGUUCUAAAUUGUUUCGUGCAUGCAGUGAUGUAUUUUUAUUACCUGCUAUCUGCAUUGGGUCCUCGAUUCAAGAAGUACUUAUGGUGGAAAAGGUAUCUCACAUCACUCCAGCUGCUCCAAUUUUCAAUGGUGUUUGUCUAUGUCACAAAUGCGAUGACCGUGAAAGAUUGUGAUUAUCCACACUGGUUGCUAUGGAUCUUCGUUGGUUAUGACAUCAGCCUGAUAAUUCUAUUUGGCAAUUUUUACUUUCAAGAAUAUUUGAAAAAAAACAAAAAGAAAAUGGACAUGAAAUCAAACUAAAAUCUUCUACCAAUUCUUCAUAUCAUCAUCAGUUUCAAUUUUUUCUCAGUGCAUGUUUUCGUCUUUAAAAUAAAUCCAUUAUUUUAAUCUUUCAAUGUAGGGACACUAGCUCAUAGUCAAGACUUACUACCAGGUUCAAGCUAUUAAUUUUCAAAAAUGAUGAAUCAGAACUUUGUAGAAUAUUGUAGAACGCGAGUUUGUAGUCAUUAAAAUUAAAUAGAUGCUUAAAUAGGUUUAGGGUUAGGGUUGCGGUGUUUAUAGUAGUUUAGACAAUUUCCAAAAUCAAUCGAAAAAGUAAAAAUUUCGUCUUCUGAACAUUGAUUUCGAUUACUAAUUUUCGCAUUAAAAAAAAUCCAAUAAUUUCUUGAUGUUAUGAACUGAAGAGAGGUAUCAAUGGCAAUUAAUUAGGCUAAAAACGCUUCUUUCCUGAUAACUAUUUAAGAAAUAAAAAACAUUUUCGUGUGGGGGUUUGGGAGAACAGAUGUAAUGAGUGGGAAA